CGCAUAGGUUACCACUACUAGUAGCCCACGACCAACCGCUCCCGUCGAUCCAUCCAUCAUCUGAUUGCCGCCGCCGCUUGCCGCCCAUCCAGCUCACACUGACCGCUACGUCUCGCUCUCUCCAUCCCUCUCCUGGCUAAUUGCCUAGCUACGGGUAGAGCUAGCUAGCUGGUGAUCACCACGCGCGCCCGCAGCUCGUCUCGUUUUAAGCCGGCCGGGCCGGACACGGCAUGCGCUGCCCCGCCCGCACGGCACACUAUGGCUCCAGCCUCCGCCUCGCUCCUCCCCGCCGCCGGCGCCAAGCGCCCCUUCGCCGCCGACUCCGCCCACGACGCUGCUGAGCAAGAGCAAUCACUCGCGCAGGUCCAGGAGAGCGCGGUGAGCAAGAAGAACGGCCAGAGCGAGCAGCCGAAGCUGGAGUGCCCACGGUGCAGCUCCACGGACACCAAGUUCUGCUACUACAACAACUACAGCACGGCACAGCCGCGCCACUACUGCCGCACCUGCCGCCGCUACUGGUUGCUCAAUUAUUGGUCACUGGCAAGAAAAAACAGUGGGGAACUACGAAAUGUUAUCUUCAUCAUGAACUUACACUAGGAAAGAACCAAGGUAUGAACAAAUAAAUGUAGUGGCUGCUAUAACUACAGAGAGGCUUGCAUCGACAGUAGAAAGAACGGUGUGGUUUCGGGAGUGAGCUCUCAAGGCACCAAAACGGAGACAACUUUCAACAGAGUGAUCUCAAAACAGAGAAACUUUCAACGGUCAUUUUUCUACCACGCAAACUACAUGACAUGCCUCGAUC